UCAGUAUGCCUCGAACCGCCGAGCGCGACACCCGUGUCGCCGUUUUCCCGAUCUCCAAAAAAGAAACGAUAAUCCCAGUGAUGUGAAUUGAACGUGAAACGUGUGUAUAUCAGUGACGUUUCAUUAUUCGUGUGUGAUUGUGAUAGUUUUUUUUUUCAUCUGUGCACGGAAAAGGCGAUACCGUUGCGUCCCGCUCCGCUGGUUCAAGUAAUAACGUGGAUAUACAGUGACUGUAAUAGUGUACUAAGAUUCAGUACCACCAAAGAUUCAUAAGAUGAAUUAAGUGUUAAAAAUGGAGAGGAAAUUAACAAGAGAAGAUUUUAUGCGGAAGAGUUUUCGAGCUCCAAGAGUUUCUCCGGCAAGGGAUCCUGAAACUGUAAAUGGAGCGCCACCUCCUUCGCCUGUGUCGUUAGCAAUGCUUGAAAGAACUCCGCAAAGAACUCAAUAUGAAAUUACAACUUCGGGCAUAGCACCGAAACGCUUAGAACUUAAUCGAGCUCAUCCCAUACAUCUAAAAUCAUUCCAAACUCCAGACCCUCCUGAUGAAACAGCCCCCGUUCCACCAUCAGAUGAAGUUUUAUUAAAAUUAGAACGCCAGAUUGGUGAAAUGGAAAGAGGAUUAGAGAGAGCACAGAAUGGAAAUGUAUCUGUUGAUGAAAGAGUACGGUACGCUGAACACGAAAAUUUGUUAAGGACUGGAGUUUCCUCAGUUGGUGGUGGUGGAUAUCUGGCAGCAGAUUCUGACACAGAGCACGAUGUGGUACCUUUCAAUAGGAAUGAGACUACAAGAAGUAGCACCGGUGGCGCUACUCCUGUUCCAAGACCUGCGACUAGGUUAGCUAGAACCAAUUCUGAUACACAACAGCAUUCCGUGGCGGCAACGGCCAGGAUGCUUAGAAAAUUGGCUGAUGGAGGGUCUAAAGAGGAGAAAACUAAAGUUAUCUCAAGGAAAGCGAUUCAAGCUCGAAUGGAAAGAGUUAAAAAUUCUGUAGUCGGAACCAAGCAUGAACACAGAGUGUUAGCAGAGCACAGGACAGAUGCUGCAUCUAGGACCCCAACAUCGCCUAUUUCGCCACGGUCUUCUACUCAGAGCGCGUCAGAGUCUUCGGCGGGCGCGGGCGGCGGCGCGGCGGGCGGCAGCACGCGCGUCUCGUCGCGGUCCAGAGCUUCGGAGGAACCACAUAUUGGAAAGUACAAGCUACUAAAAACAAUCGGCAAAGGGAACUUCGCGAAAGUUAAACUGGCGAAACAUGUCCCGACGGGCAAGGAGGUCGCCAUCAAGAUCAUCGACAAGACACAGCUCAACCCUGGCUCACUGCAGAAGCUCUUUAGAGAGGUGAGGAUAAUGAAGAUGCUGGACCACCCGAACAUUGUGAAGCUGUUCCAAGUGAUCGAGACUGAGAAGACGUUAUACCUCGUCAUGGAGUACGCGUCGGGGGGCGAAGUGUUCGACUACCUGGUGCUCCACGGCCGCAUGAAGGAGAAGGAGGCCCGGGCCAAGUUCAGACAGAUCGUGUCAGCCGUGCAGUACUGCCAUCAGAAGAGGAUCAUACACAGGGACCUCAAGGCCGAGAACCUUCUUCUAGAUGGUGAAAUGAAUAUAAAAAUCGCAGAUUUUGGCUUCUCAAACGAGUUUACUCCAGGCGCGAAAUUAGACACAUUCUGCGGUAGUCCGCCCUACGCUGCGCCUGAGUUGUUUCAAGGCAAGAAAUACGACGGUCCGGAAGUGGACGUGUGGUCGCUGGGAGUGAUCCUGUACACCCUGGUGUCGGGGUCGCUGCCCUUCGACGGCUCCACCCUCAGGGAGUUGAGGGAACGAGUGCUGCGAGGGAAAUACAGAAUACCGUUCUACAUGUCGACGGACUGCGAGAACCUGUUGAAGAAGUUCCUCGUGCUGAACCCGGGCAAGCGCGCGUCGCUGGAGAGCAUCAUGCGGGACAAGUGGAUGAACAUGGGCUACGAGGACGACGAGCUGCGGCCCUACGCUGAGCCGCUGCAGGACUUCAAGGACCACAAGCGGAUAGAGGCGCUAGUGUGCCUGGGGUACAACAGACAAGACAUCGAAUGUUCGCUGGCGGAGGCGAAGUACGACGACGUGUUCGCCACGUAUCUGCUGCUCGGGAGGAAGAGCACUGACCCGGAGUCUGACGGCAGCCGCUCGGGCUCGUCGCUGUCGCUGCGCGGGGCGCAGCCGCCGCCGCCGCCGGCGCAGGCGCAAGGCGCAGGCGCGGGCGCGGGCGCAGGCGCGGGGUCGCCGUCGCACCGCGGCGUGCAGCGCUCGAUCUCCGCCAGCGCGCGGCCCGCCGCCUCGCGUCGCGCCUCCUCCGGCGCUGACGUGCUCCGCACGCAAGUUGGGACGACGACCAGUGCGGCCAAUAACACAACCUCCACAUCGACGACGACCACGUCUAACUUCAAAAGACAGAAUACAAUUGACUCGGCAUCCAUAAAAGAAAAUACUGCGCGGAUCGCCCAAAUGCAGGUACAAAGUUCGACGCGGCCGACGAGCGCGCAGCCGAAGCUGGAGCCGCGGUCCCGCACUCUGACCGGCGGCGCCGCCGCCCGCCGCCAGCAGUUCGACACUCCACAGCCGCAGCAGCCGCCGAAGAUGUCGCCGCCUCACGAUGCACCCAGCGCUGUGGCGCCGGAAACAAAGAACGGAUCGAGCAACGGCGCCGGCACCGGUAAAACUCACGUGAAAAGCGCCUCGAUCUCGUCCUCGAGCGGCGCGCCCAUACUCGCGGACUCGACGCCGCACAACGCCUCAGCAAGGGAUUUGGCGCAGCCGCGGCCGAGUUUAAACUCGACAACGGGCGGCGGCGCGGGCGCGACGGGCGCCGCGCGCAGGGACUUCCCCAACCCCUUGGUGUUCCCGAGAAAUGUACCCUCGCGGUCCACCUUCCACUCGGGACAGACGCGGACGCGCGGAGCGUCGGCCGGCGGCGCGUACGGCGACGGCGGGUCUCCGCACCAGGCGCGGCCCUCCUUCUUCUCCAAGCUGUCCUCGAGGUUCUCCAAACGUCUUUCCGUGCUGGGCGAGUCGACUGGGCGUCAGAAACCGCGUAUAUUUUCCUCAUUGGAUAUACAACGGAGGCCUUUCGAAGGAAACACCCCGAAGCAUGCAGUAGGAGCUAGCCCACAACCCCUGCUUGGACAAGGCAACGAGGAGCAAGUGAAGCCGCGGGUGCUCCGGUUCACGUGGAGCAUGAAGACCACCUCCUCCAGAGACCCCAACGAGAUUAUGGCCGAGAUUCGCAAGGUGCUAGACGCAAACAACUGCGAUUACGAGCAACGCGAGCGGUUCCUCUUGUUGUGCGUGCACGGCGACCCUAACGCGGACUCGCUCGUGCAGUGGGAGAUAGAGGUCUGCAAGCUGCCUAGACUGUCGCUCAACGGCGUGCGCUUCAAGCGGAUAUCCGGCACAAGCAUCGGCUUCAAGAAUAUUGCGUCGAAGAUCGCGAACGAGCUCAAACUGUGACUGCCCGCCGCCGCCCCCCGCCGCCGCCGCCGCCGCAGACCCUCGCCCCCCUCCUCCCACUCGCCGCAUUCCCCGCACUCGCCACACUCGCCGCACUCGCCGCACUCGCCGCCGAUCAUCCUCACGCCCCGCCGCCCCUCGCCGCGCCCCCCCCACCUGACACUAUCGUCGUCGGACGAAAGGGACACCCCCCUGCCUCCCCCCCCGCCGCCUAGAAGCGAUUCUCUACGCCUAUCAGCUGAAGACAUGGUUAUGGUCGCCAACGGAGGAAUGAGAACGCCCUCAGGUGCGCUAGCGCACUUCCUAGCAGCGUACACACCAGCUGAACUGUCGUUAGCGCGAAGCGACUACCUCCGCCCCCCCCUGUCGCCGAGUAGAUCGACAACAAGCAACACAUACAUACAGCCGCGUUCGUCGUUAUCACUUCGAGCGGAUAGCGCGGACGUCGACGACGGGCGACGAUUGAAGCCGAAAAUGCCACAUCAAUCGUAUUCCUACAGUGUACACACUUUACGGAGGCAGUCGAGGGCCAGGUCCCCCCCCUGCGACUGCCUGCCCAUGGACCCUAUCCCCCCCCCGGAGUUGUUCGAUUUCUGAGACGAAUUGCGCGUGGACGAGCAAGUUUGGCGGAGACGGUGUUGUUUCGACUAUUAGUCACCUCGUCUGAUUUUUGCGGCUAGUUGAAAACAACGAAUUCACUGGACAACAUUUUACGCGUAACCAUAUCACUUUGUCUCACGCAUUACCAUUGACUCGAGUGAAAUAGCACAUAGUCGAUCUCGCUCAUGCAAAUUGUAAUGAAAAAGAUAGAGCGAUAUGUUGCGGGUCAAAUGUUCCCUUGUGUGUUCGUGGCUUAAUAAUGAUGCUAUAGGUAAUUGAAGCUGCCACAACAAAGAUUUUUUUUUAUGAAAUGCACGUUUUUUUUAGUCUCAUAGUGAUUCAUAUUUUUUUAGAUUUCAUGAAAGUAUAUUAGGAAUGCUUUUUGUCUAUGAAAUAGUGACGUCACUGUUAUACAAGUUUCAUAUAUAUUAUUGUUUUUGAGAUUUCGCACGUAAUAUCCAAUUCGUAUUGAAAUAGCCUAUAGAAAAUAUUUUUUUUUGUGCUUUUAAUUAAUAUUUAAAAUGAUAAAAAAAUAUGUCUUGCUUAUUAAAAAAAAAGUAUAUUAUGUAUGAAGUUGUAAUAAUCAGACGAGGGACCAUUAAAAUGAAUGAGGUACAUUUGUCAAAAAUAAAAUAAAUAAAAAUAAAAUGUGAAAAGCUUGCCAGCCACGUUAAAACUUGAGAAUGGAAUUUUAAAAUUAGUGAAACGAAAAAAAUCUCGAGUGAAUAAAUGGGUCUUGUCAGUUCGAUUUUUGAAUUUAAAUGUUAUAUAGAGAACUAGUGAUGUGUAACGAUAUUGACAACAUCGAUAUCGGUAUUUGAACAUUUGGGUAUAAUGUGCCAAUUGAGUCAGGAUAUCUAUCGACAGAUAACGGCUAUGCCGUUUUAACUUAAUUUAGUUGAAUUAUGCAAUCGCUCUCAAUGUCUAAUGCAUCUGCAAUGUAAUAUAGUUUUACUCAUGAAUUUUAUUCUUUUCCCAUUAUGUAGAUAUGUAAGUUGACUGAUAGGUUGGUGGCACCGCGCGUGGCGUUCUAACUUCGCUUAUAUUUAUUCCGGUAAUUCUUAACACUCAGUUUGCGUGGAAUCUUUUUAAAAGACAUUAUGUUUGAGCGAACAGCGCGCUGUGCCAUCGAGCCUCUAGGUUUGUUUGUGCUAUGGCUUACCUACCACAUUACAAUACGUAUUUUAAUCGUGUAAUAAUGUACAAAGUGAAAUGUGAGUUUGCGCUCAAGAUACAAUUUAGGCGUUAGUUUAUAAUUUUAGUAUUGUUUUCCAAUUGUAUUGACAAAUAUAAAUAUAAAUAAACAAAAACAUAUGGCUGUCGACGAAUAGCGAUAUACUGUUCAUAUAUCGACAUAAUUAUCUUACUCUAAGUCGAUCGUUCGACCAAUUUGUAUGUACACGUUCUCUAAUAGAAGUUGUGAAGGAAAUCGUGUCUAUUUAAAUUGGUUAUGCGAUUCAGCGGUCGCCCUUUGCAUUCUUUCUAAUGUAAGGCUGGAUUAGAAAGUCAAAAUAAAAACGUUCUUUGUAAUAUUUACGAUUUGAAAACACUAUAGUAGGUUAAUUACACUGGUAAAUAAAAAUAAAAAAUAAUUUAUUAGAUGUGUAAUGUAUUUGUGAUCAAAGUAUUAUGGACUUUGUAGGUACAUAGCAAUAAAGUUAAUACCUAAUUUUCUAUGAUAAUCAGCCUUCGUUUUUGUAAUUUAACAGUUUUUCUUUGUGAUUUGGUGUGAUGCUUUGUUUUUUUUUCUAUACUUGUGUGUGAACUUCGCAUACUAGGCGAUAAAUGUAUUAAUUAGAGGUUGAAUGUUUCGUGGCGGGCGGCCGCAUCAUUUUCUAUUAUUAAUAUAAGUGUAGUGGUAUAUAAUUUUACAUAAAAUCACAAAUCCGAAGUCUCACUGUGUAAGUCGCGCUGUCCGUCCGCUAAAUAUUUUAAAUAACUGUAAGUACUUGUCGAUAUAUUAUUCAUUUAUGUAUAUUUCAGUCUACAAAAGCCAAGACCACUGCACUGAAAAUAAAAACACAAGUAUGUUCUCAAUAUGGCAGUGAUCGGACAACAUAUUAUGGUAAUCAAAAGAUUUAACAGAAGUAUUGGUUACAAAAUAAGGUUUGUGAUUUAUUGAAAAAUUUAAAAAAAAACCUUAUAUACAAUAAAUAUCGAUGUUCGAUAAAAAGUAGCUCACGUCACUAUAAGUGGCUGUUAGAUACAAAUAUUAUGAUGAAUUUAUUGUAAUCAUUAUACAUUGUUAACUUAUUUUUAAAUUUAAUACUUUUACAACAUUUUAAAACUUUAAUAAACCAGCAUUAUAAUUAUGAAGACUAUUUUCAAUUUUUGUUGUUUAUAAUUGGGAAAUCAAUUUCUAGAAAAAAUAAAACUAUCAUAUUAUAACUAGCUGCUUCGUUCGGAUAUUGUGAAAGUCGGACGGCGCGACUUGGCCCGUACAUACUGUAGUAAUAUAUUUAUAUAUGAGCUUUAUUUUAUGGUAUAUAUUAAGGUAGCCGACGGUGGCGUGCUGCGCUGUUUUUUGUGAAAUAAUUCAAGUGGAAAUAAAUUUUAUUUUUAAUUCCAA